UGUCAGCAGCGUCUCUAUUUGUCAUUGAGGGCCAUUUUUCGGUAUUUUGAUAUUUGGGGCAUUUUCACCCCAAAUUUGGUUAUUUGGCACGUUUUCAGGUCUGCGAUACAAGUCUUGGUCACCCAUCUCAUCUUCUCCUCUACCUACCUCUGUUUGCUACCAACUCCAGUUAUUCACCCAAGCUUAUUGAACUGGAUCAAUCUUGCACACACACGCCAAAUACUGAGCUACUCUCUCUUGAAAAGAAUUCUGGGGAUGGCGAAAACAGAUGAAGAUACAAGCACAGAAACACAUUGUGUCGAUUUAAAAUCAAGUGGUGUUGUUUCGCCAGCAAAUUCAUAUGGAGCUGUUGUUCUUGGUGGCACCUUUGAUCGCUUACACGACGGUCACCGCCUCUUUCUCAAGUCGGCAGCCCGUCUGGCAAGGGAUCGCAUCGUUGUUGGAGUUUGUGAUGGCCCUAUGUUGACCAAUAAACAGUAUUCUAAUCUAAUUGAGCCUAUUGGCAAACGUAUGCAAAAUGUGAAAGAUUUCAUUAAGUCUGUCAAGCCAGAGCUCGUAGUUCAAGUUGAACCUAUAACAGAUCCAUACGGCCCUUCAAUUGUUGACGAGAAUUUGGAUGCAAUUGUUGUUAGCAAAGAGACAUUACCUGGUGGGUUAUCAGUUAAUAAAAAGAGAGUUGAGAGGAAUCUCUUAGAAUUGAAGGUUGAAGUUGUAGAUCUAAUUUCUGAUAAAUUUGGUGGAGACAAGUUAAGUUCUACUACACUGAGGAGGCUUGAUGCUGAGAAAGCUAAGAAACCUCCACAAGAAUAACGGAGAUAUCAAAUAUGUUCGAACAGCAUACUUGAAGCUCAAUUGGGGAACUCAUGUUUAUUCUCCCCUAAAGUUACUGUUUUACACGUUUUGAGAAAUUGAAAUUUUAGCAUUUCUACCACGUACAUCUUUCAAAGCUGUUAUGUAAUAGUUUGAACAAUUAUCUUAAAUGCACAUGUCAAGUUUAUAUUACCAAUAUUCUGUAUCUUGACACUGAUGACACUAUAUCAUAGUAAUUCAUUUUUUUUUUCUUUUUGCA